AUGAUCUCAGAAAGUAUAAAACCGCUGCGAAUAUCGCCUGUGAUGCUUGCCCUAUUGCAUAUCGCAAUGUCACAGUACUUCUACAACGAGAUUCCAGCUGAUUCAAUCGAUUUGCCCGUUCCGAGCCGUUUCGCUUCUCACCCGAUUCCUUUUCCAAUUCUUUCUGCUCACAAUCUACUCUACCUUGUCCCGAUCGCUAUUUUCCUCCUAAUUCACACCAAAGCCAUCCCCGAGAUUCAGCCGAGAAUUCGA